CCUUUACAGAGAUAUGUCACAUGGCAUAAAGUAUCAACAGAAACAAAGGAGCUAGAGUUUGGUGGAAGAAUUGGGGCCUUUUGCAUGAUAUUUUUCCUGCCUGCCACUAUAUUUUAUUUGCUGUUGAUGUGCAAACAGGAAGACCCCAGUGUUAUGAACUUCCCUCCUUUGCCAGGAUUUGAUAGUUUAUGGGAGACCAGAGUGUUUGGUGUCUUUCUUCUGUGGUUCUUUCUUCAAGCUCUGUUUUCCUUACUGCCAGUUGGAAAGGUUGUAGAAGGAAUGCCACUUUUGAAUGGAAGAAGGCUACAGUACAGAAUAAAUGGAUUUUAUGCUUUUGUCCUGACUGCUGCCGCUGUAGGAAAUUCUUUAUAUUUUGAAAUUGAGCUUCAUUAUUUAUAUGACCAUUUUCUGCAGUUUGCAGUCUCUGCUGCAAUUUUUUCUGUGUUGUUGAGCAUUUAUCUCUAUGCCCGGUCCCUGAAAGCACCUAAAGAAGAACUGUCACCUGGUGGAAAUUCUGGGAACUUUGUUUAUGACUUGUUCAUUGGAUGUGAAUUAAACCCUCGCAUUGGAAAUUUUGACCUCAAAUACUUCUGUGAGAUGCGUCCAGGCUUAAUUGGCUGGGUUGUUAUUAACUUGGUAAUGCUGUUGGCUGAGAUGAAGGUACAGGAUUGUAAUGUGCCAUCUUUGUCAAUGAUACUGGUUAAUAGUUUCCAACUUCUCUAUGUGGUGGAUGCUCUUUGGAAUGAGGAAGCUAUCUUGACUACAAUGGACAUAUGUAGCAUAAAACAUAUUCCAGUUAUGUCAUAUGUAUAUGGUACAUUCCUAAGCAUAUUUCCAUAA